CCUCCUUGCCCGACUACACAUCUAUCAUUCAAUACAUACGGAAGAGCACGUGCAUAUCCCAUCACAGUGGAGGUACGCCCUGCACGUGCGCCCUCUUCCGGUCAACAUGACACGAGAGGACCAUAGUGGCAGACGCCUCGCGCGGGCGGAAGCCUUGGCUCGCCACUACGGACACAAACACGGAGUCUUCAACGUGGACGCCUCCGGCCGGUACCAUGGGGGUCGGUACACGGCUGCAGUGGUCCACAAAAACACGGCAGUAAACGGACUCACUUUCCGUACACACACCAAUAAACACGCGGAGGUGGUUGCCAUCGCGCUAGCCGCCGCAGAUCAACAUUCGCGGGUCAUCAUCACCGACUCGAGGGGUGCUUGCCGCAAUAUUGAUCAGGGGCACAUACCAUACCUUCCCUACAAAAUUUUGCAACACAGCGACUAUCUCGGUGCCCCCUCGCACAGUAUGAUUAUCUGGACUCCCGCUCACACGCGCCUCGAAGGAAACGAGACGGCCGAUGCCGUCGCCCACGCGCUCACUUUCGGGGCAUCACCUUCAUCCCCCACCGAUCCGGACCCCGAACCCAAUCCCGCCUAUACUUUCAAAGAGAUCGUUCAACUCUACGAAUCUGGCCAUGCCAUCUAUCCCAAGCCCUGUAAGGGCCUCACAAAGGCGGAGGACCGCCUUCUCCUUCGCCUCUAUACCAAAACCCUGCUGUGCCCGGCAGCCCUAAAAUACUUUGACCCCGCUUGCACAGGGGAGUGCCCGCACUGUGGGGAAAAGUCCUCAGAGAUUUUCCACAUGCUGUGGACAUGUCAAAAUACCCCAAAUCUACCCCCCCCCCCAACCAACCCUUCCCGUGAGGACUGGGAGGCAGCUUUGCUCGGCUGCUCCGACCUCACGGCCCAACGGGCCUUGGUCGAGCGGGCCCGGGCGGUGGCCGACGCCAAUGGGCUCCCGUAA